CCUCGUUGGGAAAAAUAUUUUAUAUAUAUAUAAAAGCGAUGCCGUCUCACCAUCAUUCAGUGCCACGCUUCCUGGAGUGAGCACGUUAGGUUUAUCUCGUAUCGAUAAUAUACGUUGAGUGUUUGAUAUUGGCAUAGAAAUGAUUUACCGGCUCGGACUGUUGGUGGCGCUGGCAGCGUGCGCGUCGGUGACGUCAGCGCUCCCGCCGUGCGUGUGCACGCGCAACUUCAAGCCCGUGUGCGGCUCCGACGGGCAGACCUACAGCAACCAGUGCCUGCUGGAGUGCCGGCAGACGACCGACCCCGACCUGCAGCUCCACAGCCAGGGACCUUGCAGGAUCGCCCGCGACACGGCCGCUAAACCCUGCAUAUGCACUCUAGAGUACGCCCCGGUAUGCGCCAGCAAUGGCGAAACUUACCCCAACAAAUGCAGCAUGGAAUGCGAGGGCGGCGACCUCGAGCUUAUACACUAUGGAUACUGCCAACCGAAACCGCUAGAAAAGCUCUGCAUCUGUCCGUUAAACUACGCACCCGUCUGCGGCACGGACGGCAAGACUUACGAUAACGAGUGUGCGCUGAACUGCAAAGAUGGCGUCUCCAUUGCGCAUCACGGAGCUUGCGCAGACAGAGCAAAGCGCCAGGUCGCUAAGAGGCCCUGCAGCUGUCCUUACAUCAACGCCCCCGUCUGCGGGACGAACGGCAUGACUUACGGAAACGACUGCGCGCUAAAAUGCGAAAGUGGCGUCUCUGUGGCGUAUUUCGGAAAUUGCAGAUCAAAGCGACAAGCAGCUGAGAGACCAUGCAUGUGUCCAAUGAUAUACGCGCCCGUCUGCGGCACUGACGGCAAGACUUACGGGAACGAGUGCGGGUUAACAUGUCAAGAUGGCGUAUCAGUCGCGCAUCACGGCGAAUGCAGAAGCAAACGAGAGUCGUGCAUCUGCCCGGAACUCUAUUUACCCGUAUGCGGUUCAGAUGGAGUAACAUACCCUAACGAAUGCGUUUUGAAAUGCGAAGAAAACGUCGAUAUCGCCCACAGCGGAGAUUGCGAGCGAGAGAAGCGCGAGGCAGUCCAAGUAGCGCAUAUCCCGCCUCUUCCAUCGUGCCAAUGCACUCGAGAAGCCAUCCCCGUUUGCGGGACUGACGGAAAGACGUAUUCAAAUCCUUGUUUACUGAUUUGUGCGAGGGAACAGAACGAGGAUCUGCACGUAGAACAUCUCGGCUCCUGCAAGAAACCAGUUCAGCUCCGUGAAGUGACGAACCGCGAGGCAGUCGAAGUAGCACAACUCCCGCCUCUUCCAGCAUGUCAAUGCACUCGAGAAGCCUUCCCCGUUUGCGGGACUGACGGAAAGACGUAUUCCAAUCCUUGUUUACUAAAUUGUGCGAGGGAACAGAACGAGGAUCUAGAGAUAGACCACGCCGGCCCCUGCAACAAACCAGAGGUCCGCGAAGUGAAUCCGCAGCCAUCUUGCACCUGCGCGAGGAUAAUGUUCCCGGUAUGCGCGUCGGACGGUCGGAGCUACAACAACGAGUGUUUGAUGCGGUGUGCCGGCGAACACCUCACCGUGGAGAGGUUCGGUCGAUGUGACUAGGCGUGAGAUUAUUGACUGAACGUGCCAUAGACUAUUCAUGUAUACUCACGAACAGCGCCGGCCCGAAGUACAUUUUAGAACGGAGCGAGAUCCAAUUAUGGCGCCUCUCCUGUUUUGGUCCUAAUAAUAUAUACAUAUACCAAUUGCGAGUGCAAAGUAUGGAAUGUUUUGCCAUUUGCCAAAAUUCUUUACCAUUUGAGCACCCUCUGGGAUUUGGCUCCUGGAGCGACUGCUCUGUUCGCCGUAUGGGCGGGCCUGCUCAUGAAUUUAUACAAACUCAUGUAUACUCAGACAUACCUAGUUCGGAUUUUAUAACUUUAAGUAAUAAAUUUCUUAGUUGGAUGGCAAAGGAAAAUAUAAUACCUAGUAUAAUAUAAAAUAUAAUAAUAAAAUAAAAUAUGAAAAUCGCUAGGCCUUACCUACAUAAAUCAUAAGCAAGUUAACUACUCGUAUCAUCUUAAAGAAAAGCGAACCAGAAUGCAGUUAAAUUAAAAGAAAAGUUAAUAAAGUAAUUUUUAAUGGCUCCAACUCAAUUAAACUAUGCAAAGGGUCAAAUGACCUGUGAAUUUAUAGCCAUGUAGUCUAUAGAUACCAACGGAUAACAUUACAUAAUAUAAUAUAAUACACUUAUUCGUUUGUCUCACAGAAACAAUUUUUUUUAAAGUGGAGAUAUACCUAUCUAUAAUAUAAGAUUUUUAUUUAUUUUAUUUUAUUAUUGUAAGAAUUUGUAAAAACCACUUAGCUUAAUGCGUUACGUUUUAAUAAAAAAAAUUAAAUGUU